CGGUUGGUGGAGUGGUUCAGUUUUCUGCUGCACCAGUAACGGUUAAGUCUAGAAAACUAUCGAAUAUCUGAAACCAAUAUUCAACUAUAAAAACGUUAAGAACUCUGUGAUAUUAUUGUAGAUAAGAACAUUUUUAAUAACAUAAAACAACAUAAAAACUAGAUAUAAAAAUGAAUAAGCUAGUGAUAAUUGUCUUAUUGACCUAUUUAUCUUCAAUGGCCUUCUCUGCCAGUAUUCUAGACUAUCUCUCACUCACAACUGAUCUGGAGGCAAAGGAUGAAGAAAUUGGCCCCAGUAAUUGUCUUUGCAAUGGCCCAUCCUGUAUUUGUUGCAUAGAUUUCAACAUGACGUAUAUUGAUCUCGGUGGACCAGGUUGUGUUCGACUGAAGUAUCUCUCGGUAGAAGAAGGAAUAGCUUUGAACGUUUCUUAUGGUGAUAGUGUUCUGCACAGUCAACGUGUGAAAGGCCCCGACCCUGCACCAACAUGUCUGAAUAUGUUCGCUCGGCUGGCUCAAAUGUGUGCUAGGUUCAGUGAACUGCUUCCGACAGAUGAUGGUUUACGAGGUUGUUUACAGCUGGAACCAAUGUUACUCGGUGAAGUUCAAAUCGAACUUCCAUUGGGUUGCUUCAAAAUGGGACCAAAGGGCAUUGAGUUGAUUAAAUCUUCUGAAGAUGAAAUCAAAGAACAACAACCAAAUGAAAGUACUACCGAGAUCACACCUUCUCCAGCUGACGAAAAAAAGGUCGAAACAGAAGAAGAAGUAGAAGAACCAAAGCCGAUUGUCCCACCGGCAUCGAAUACCACAUCGCCAUUAUCAAUUUUAGAUAAUUUAUCUACUGCUGACAUACUAGCAGCGGUUAGUGAAUCGACAGACGAAGGCAUCGCAAUGAUAUCCAGCUGGUUGGGUUUAGAUGUGAACAAAACUCAAAAACCCGAGCAAAACGACAAUGUGACCGAAAAAAAUACAGAGAAAAACGGGGAUAGUGAAAGUACUAAAGUAAAAUAAAUACCAUUAAGGGAUAAUAUACGUUAGAUCAACUGGUGUCGAAUGAUAACAUUUGUUUGACACUAUUUGACAGAAUUUCAGAUGUAGAUUUUAGGAGAACAUUUGAUGCAUCUACAAGCAGAUACAGUUUGUCUGCUAGUGAUAUCGUGAUUAACUUGUAAUACGUUAUUCAUUUCAACUAGAAUGAUCAAAUAGAAUAUUUAUAACAUUCGAAA